CAAAAGUAAAAACACGAUCUACUAGUUUCUACCAAAUGGGGCAGCCGGGGCUAUUGCCUCAACAUGUUUUUGUUCUCGUGUUAUGUUUUGUUGUCACCAUUGUGACAGCUAAUUCGCCACCUUACAAGUAUGCAUCUCCUCCACCACCCAAGCGUCCCUAUCAUCCACCGGGUCACUACAAAUCACCACCACCCCCGUCUCCAAAGCGUCCAUACCACCCGCCAGGUCAUUAUAAGUCGCCUCCACUUCCAAAACACCCUUUGCACCCUCCUCCUUACCAUUAUAAGUCACCUCCUCCUCCGGUGAAACAUCCAGCUCCAUACUAUAACUAUAAAUCUCCACCGCCUCCAGUGAAAUAUCCCCCACCACCAUAUCACUACACAUCUCCACCACCUCCCGUGAAAUCUCCCCCACCACCAUACAAGUACAAAUCUCCACCACCUCCAGUGAAAUAUCCCCCACCACCAUAUCACUACACAUCUCCACCGCCUCCGGUGAAAUCUUCCCCGCCACCAUACAAGUAUAAAUCUCCACCGCCUCUAGUGAAAUAUCCACCACCACCAUAUCACUACACAUCUCCACCACCUCCAGUGAAAUCUCCCCCGCCACCAUACAAGUACAAAUCUCCACCACCACCGUAUCAUUACAAAUCUCCACCUCCUCCAGUAAAAUCUCCCCCUCCACCAUACAAAUACAAAUCUCCACCACCUCCAGUGAAAUAUCCACCACCAACAUAUCACUAUAAAUCUCCACCUCCUCCAGUAAAAUCUUCCCAGCCACCAUAUCACUACAAAUCCCCACCACCACCACACCCAAAACCCUACAAAGCACCACCUCCUCAUUAUGUCUACAAAUCCCCACCACCACCAAACCCAAAACCCUACAAAGCGCCACCUCCUCAUUAUGUCUACAAAUCCCCACCACCACCAACACAUCCCAAGCCUCACCCCCCUCAUCCCAAGACUCCCGCACCUCCUUCUCACAGCCACCAUACUCCUCCACACCACCCCAAAUCUCCUCCAUAUCUUUACAAAUCACCACCGCCUCCAAAGCACUACUAAGUUGAUGCAUUUCUUUUGAUUCAGCUAUAAUAAGAAGCUCCCCAUUAUUUUCGGUAGCUUAAAUCUGUUAGGCUUGUUAUCUUAUUAUGAAGAUUCUUGUACUCU